AUGCAAACCCUAGAAAGGCUAUCGGAGGCACUUGGUCUUUCCCUGCCGGGAUUAAGUGAGGGGAGCUUGGGAGCAGCAGCAGCAUCUGUUCAGUGUUUGUCUCUGUUGGAGCGGCUGCAGCUGUCUGCUGCUGCUGCUGCUGCUGCCCCUCCUGUGCUGCCUGCCGCCUCCACGUCUGUUUCGGAGCUAGAACAGCAGCAACAGCAGCAGCAGCAGCAGCAGCAGCAGCAGCCAGCCAGCCGCCGAAAAGGCAAAGGAACUUUUUGCUGCUUAACAGAUGAGCCUGGGGCCCCACAGCCCCCCAGCAGCACGGGGUGUACGUACACUGACCCCUGGCAGCCUUCUGAGGAGCCAGUGGGGGGUGCAGAAACGCCGCAGCUGCAGCAGCAGCAGCAGCAGCAACAGCAGCAGCAGCAGGCUGUCUUCUGCGACAGCAGCAAACUCAGGGCUUUGUGGGAGCUGCUCAAAGACGAGGGGCUGCUGCAGAGCUGUUCGCCGGGCGUGGUGCCUGCGCCUUACCGCUGCAGCUGCUUGGCAGCAGCAGCAGCAGCACUGCAGCGGGAGGGUUUGCCUCCGCCGAGCCGUUUGCUGCUGCUGCAGGGAGCAGCACAGAAGCAAAUGGGAACUCUUGCUGCGCUGCUGCCGCGCUGGGCAGCAGGAACUUUGUGUCUCUCUUCCUCCAGGCUGCUGCACUUCUUUCCCCAGGGCGAACGCGAAAACCCUCUCCGCUCCAUCUCCGUUGCAGGCGCAGAGGUGAAAAGGAUCGGCAGUGGCGACGUGGGAAAGAUGGGUAUUCAAAUAACCGAGAAGAGGAGGAGGGGGCUGCUGCCCAAGUCCACUGUUGUCUUUCGCUUUAAAGGAGUUCGAGAAUGCGACCAGUGGCUGGCAGCAUUGCAGAUGGCGGCGGACGACAGGGCCUUUCUCUGCGCAGUCAAUGGGGACUUCAGCGCCUCUUUAGAGGGCCCCUCAGAUGCAUGCGUUUCUUCCCCCCAGAGUUUUGGGGCCCUGCUGCCAGCUUCAUCUGCUGCUGCUGCUGCUGCUGCGCAGCAGCAGCAGCAGCAGCAGCAGCACGAAGAAGCAGCGGAGGGGCGGCCCUCGGGCAGCAUGGAUGAAGUGUCUCUAGACGGCACAGGGCCCUGA